GAACUCCACAGGGCACAGCCUUUAGGAAGUAAAGAGGCUUCAGAGGUAGAAGGAAUGGAGGCUCCGUUUCCAGUGACCCCCAAGGUCCAAUAGGAACCCAAGUUCCAAUAGGAACUUUCAGUGGCCUGGGCUGGAAUGGCCAAAACCAAGUCUCCACCCACUGCUGCCUCAGUAGCCUCAAGGAGAGUGCCUCUCUGGUGGAUCUGGGCAGAACAUCAGCCAAGCCUGUUCACCCAACCGUGUGGGAGUCGGGCACUGGUACUCGCCAAUCAGCAAAGCCAAAUCCCUUUGAGGGUUGGGAGCCGUUGUCCUGGGCCAAGAAUCCCUGAGCUUAGUUUUCCAAGGCUCAGUGUGGGAAUUCUCAGAGGCUGUCCCUAUUCCCAAAGGACGAACACAAGGCAAGGACAGGAAUCUGCCUGAAGGACCUGGACCCAUUAGGCUGUGGUAGUUCAGGGUGGAGCUUAGGGGUGGGGAUGGGGCCUGUGAACUUUGGUUGCAUGGCCCUCAGCCCAGCCACACGCCCCCAGUUUUCUGCCAACUUGGCACAAACGCUUCUUUCCUGGGGCCUCCAGGCCUGUAAAUACAGCUGAGUUGGAGUGGACACACUAGGCUUAGGGAGGCCCAGACCUGCACCAGUAGGUGAGAGGCUUCACAGAGGCUCCACACUAGUUCAGGGGAGGGUGCUGGGGUGCUCUGCAACCUGGAUGCUCACUGCAAGGCUAAUGGGGUGGCUGUCUUCUCUUCCUGGAAAGCCUAGUCUUAGCUUUCCUGUCUAUAAAUUGGGUACAUGGUUUUCCUCUGGGGCAGGGGAGGGGAACCAGUCCACUUUCUGAAAGUCUGAGUCCCCCUUCUUGACUUAGGUGAAAGAAACUUCCUUCUAAAGAGAUCCAGAAAAGAGGAUUCUCUGAGAAACAUGGGAGGAGCAAUAGUCACCCUCAAGGAAAGUUCUAGAAAAGGGACUCAGGCACCAGGUGAAACAAAAAUUUGGCUGAAGGUGCCCUUGAGUUUGGCUUCUGGGUACAGGUGGGACACAGCUGACACUUGCCAGUGGACUCUUUACAAGCAGCCCCCUACCUGCUCGGACUGCUUGGGGCCUAGGGAGCUCACCCCACUGUUCUGGCCCUUGUGGAAUUCACCCCAGAGUGGGAUGUGUUCCCUGCCUGAGUCUCAGGAGCCCAUGCAGUGUGUGGCUGUGACUGGGGGCACCCACGGCAACGAGAUGUCCGGCGUCUACCUGGCCCGGCACUGGCUGCAGGUCCCCGGGGAGCUGCGGAGGCCCAGCUUCUCUGCCAUACCAAUUCUAGCCAACCCUGCAGCCACAGCCGCCUGCCGUCGAUACGUGGACCGUGAUCUCAACCGCACCUUCACCCACACCUUCCUCAAUUCCAGGAUCACCCGGGACGACCCCUACGAGUUGACAAGAGCCCGAGAGCUGAACCAGCUACUGGGUCCCAAGGGCACAGGACAGGCUUUCGACUUUAUCCUGGACUUGCACAACACCACAGCCAACACGGGCAUCUGCCUCAUCUCUGAAGCCUCCCACAGCCACUUUAAUCUGCAUUUGUGCCGCUACCUACAGCUGCAGAACCCAGAGCUGCCCUGCCGCAUCUUGCAGUACCAGCCCUCUGGGGAGGAGACCUACAGUGUGGAAUCGGUGUCCAAGGAUGGAAUCGGCACGACCUUUCCCGCCUUUGAGAUGGACAUCUACAGGAACCUGGGCAGUGUUGACUUUCCACGCGCCGCGGACGGCGACCUGGCGGGCACUGUGCAUCCCAGGCUGCAGGUCGCUGUUGGGGGGGUUCCUGAACAUCAGUCCCAGGACUGUCAGGGAAGCCAGGCCAGGAUAGAGGGGCUCAGCAUCCCAUGGGGUCCCUAACACUUCAGAAUCAAGGCAGGACGGGAGGCGGGCCCAGUCCCCAUCCCUGCUGGAGCCCCCCUACCCCUAGGUAUUUUAUCACAGCACAAGAAAAGUACCUAACAGAACAUGCUCAUAAAUUAGGAGAGCCAUGAUAGAGACUAUUAAGAAAUUAAAAAACAUGGGAGGCAGAGGC